CGCGAAAAUGGACCACGACAUGGAAACGGAUGGUGUCUCAACACUAAGCUGGGAAGAAGCAAAGGCCAUGUGUGAGGAAGUAAGCGUCGCGUUUGAUAAAGGCCUCAAGGACGGCGAGCGCUUGCGCCAGCUAAAGAGUGAGUUUCACAGUUUGAGGACAAUUCUACAGGACCAACAACGGUCCGCACGACAAACGGUCACAGAUAUGGUGAAUGAGAUCCAACGCAUUCAGCAACAUGAAGAUGAGCGAGACAACAGUGCGGAGAUGCAACAACAGAUUCAUGAACUCAAUCGUCUCAAACUCGAGCUACAGCACAAACUACAUGAGCUGAAAGAAGAACAGCUUGUGUCCGAAGCAAACAUCGAAAGUCUCAUUCUGCAAUACGAUAUUUCCAAGCAAAAGUACGCAGAGGAAUGCGCCGCCCGUGACAAGGACGUCCCACGACUGAAGCAAACGAUUGCAUUGUAUGCAGCCAUAACAGGAAUUAAGUGGGACCUAUCGAGCGACCAUAUUGCUGGAUGUAUCCAUGCCCCCUCGCAAAAGAACCUGACCAGUUUCGAAUUGCGCGCGCCUCACGACGACUUUCAAGUCGCCGACGAACUGUGGCGACUGCUUGACCACACCCACGGCGUUGUCGACGGAUCCAAAUAAAGGCGUGUGUUGUUACAAGUUGCUGUAUCGCUGUUGCUCGUGGUCCAACGUCGCUUCCAGUCCCUUUUCCAAGUGCGCUUGCACAAGCGGCGCAAAGAUCACGGUUUGCAUCUAGACCGAUGACUCAGCCAAACGACCGGUACGUUGGGUGAUGUCGGUACCUGAGGAUGAAACAUCGCGUCGUGGC